AUGAGCGGCUACGAAAGUGACGGCUAUCAAGUUGAGUCAGUUGAGCCUAAUCAGUUUUCAACUGGUCCAGUAAAUAUUGUAGCCUUCAAGAAGGAGUUCAAGGACUGGCGGGACAAGCAGAACAAGGCCAACACUGCCGAAAACAGACUUGAAUUUGUCACCGCAGUCAUGGUCAGGCUGGGCGAGUUGAAAGUCCCCGUGGAAUAUCCCAGUGGCCAAGAAUACCUGCAUUAUAGGGAUCCUUUCUUCUUCCUGAAGUCGUACGAAUUGGAUUACAAGACCGAGUUUGGAAAGGCCAUGAAGAAGGUGCUGGGCAAGUGA